UUGCUUUUGGAGCUGUAACUUCUCCUUCUAAACUUGAUCAUUUCUCCGCCAUUAAAACCGCUGACCACCAUGAAUUAUUCCCCAUAACACAGAACCUCAGCUUCACGACCACCGAGCUCAAUCGUGGCUGCAUUAAUGGAUUGGGGAUGCACCACAUUGGUUCUGCUCCCAUCUCCAUCCGAUCACCACCCAAGCUCGGCAAGCGUUGGAUGCAAUAUCAAGGAAGUGAUAACUGGGAAGGCUUGCUUGACCCUCUCGACGACAAUCUUCGCUCCGAAAUUCUACGCUACGGCCAGUUCGUUGAGGCCGCUUAUCGCUCUUUUGACUUUGACCCCUUCUCACCAACUUAUGCGACGUGUCGUUUUUCGAGAAACUCGCUGCUCCAACAAUCCGGCUUCGGAUCGACAGGGUAUAGGGUCACCAAGAACUUGCGUGCCACGUGUGGGGUCGGAAUGCCACGUUGGAUUGACAGAAUGCCGAGCUGGAUGACGGCGAAAUCCAGCUGGAUUGGUUACGUGGCGGUUUGUCAGGACAAAGAGGAGAUUGCUAGGCUUGGCCGCCGAGAUGUGGUGAUUGCCUUAAGAGGCACCGCUACUUGCUUCGAGUGGCUCGAAAAUCUACGUGCCUCGUUGACCGAUUUGCCCGGUCAUGUGGGACCCAACAGUGAUAGUCCCAUGGUAGAGAGAGGCUUCUACAGCCUCUAUACUUCGAGGACUUCCACGUGUCCUAGUUUACAGGACAUGAUCAGGGAAGAGAUUGCGAGAGUCAUCGAAUCGUACGGUGAUGAGCCACUGAGUUUGACGAUCACGGGUCACAGCCUGGGUGCAGCUCUUGCUAUCCUAAGCGCGUAUGAUAUAACCACUAGCUUCGCGAGUCCGCCUAUGGUGACGGUCAUCUCCUUUGGUGGACCCCGCGUGGGAAACAAAAGCCUGAGACGCCAUCUGGACAAAAGUGGGACCAGGGUACUCCGGAUCGUGAACCCCGACGACCCAAUCACCAAAGUACCAGGUUUCGUGGUCGACGAUGAUGACGUGGAUAGGUUAAGGAACGACGACGCUGCGGGUGGGUUGCCGAGGUGGAUUCAGAAACGCGUGGAGGACACGCAGUGGGUUUAUGCUGACGUGGGACAGGAGCUGAAGCUGCGCAGCAAGGAAUGUGCGUACGGGAACAAGAGGGGUGGUAUUGCAACGUGUCAUGAUCUGAAGACGUACCUUGAUUUGGUAAAAGCUUCCACGUGUCCUUCUAGAUCCACCACAGAGGAGAGGAUGCUCAGUCCAAAUUUUACCUAG